GUUUGGUUUGACCAUCCUUGAGAUAUAGGUCUGAGGUUAGUGUUAUCUUUAUCGGUACACAAUAACAAAAACUGCCAAAUUGGCAAUAACUUUUAUCCAGUCAUUCUGUCGGAUACUUAGUAAACACUCAACUAAAAUGGACGAGUCUACUUUUGCACGCUUAUUUUUCAUAACUUUACUGAGUGUGCUCCCAUUGAUUUAUUGUAAGGAUGUGUGCGUCAAAAAAACUCCAUGCAUAUGUGAGUUUCCUAACGGGACGUAUAUUGACUUGACUCCGUCUGCAAACAAUAUUGCUUUUAUAUCAUCAACAUCCUUUGAGCCAAGGUCACAAGGCGUGGCCACACUAAACACUUUUUAUUACCAUCCUUGUCAUGAUAUAGCGAUGAAUAUAAAGGACACAAAUACUUGGAACACUUGCGAUAAACCUUUGGCGUUAUGUCGACAUGUCAGCUCAUGGAAUACUACUAUUGCAGAUACUCUAACACAAUUUUCAGAAAUUUACGAAUAUCUUGGAAGUUCAAAAGAAGUAGAAUUUGCUGAGGACGGAAGUUACAUUAAAUAUAUAAUGAGACCAUCGCAAGUAAUCGUGCAUUUGGCAUGUGCGCAAAGUGACGACCGAUUAGAAGCUAAGAAUUUAUCAGAGCCGGACUCACUUGAACUAAUAUUCUACUCGAGGAAUGCUUGUUUAAAACCAGAGUAUGGUAACAAAUUAGAUAUUGCCUCGUGGGACAUGCCUUUAAUCCAGAUUGCCUGCAAGACAAUUCUUCGCGUGAUUAACCUAGAUAAUUCAACGACAACUGAGCGCGUCUAGAGGUAGAAAUAAUAUGACACGUAGGUAAAUUGACUAAAAAAAUCAAUGUUUUGUAAGACUGGAAAUAAUAAAUCUGUAUAUUUACACAA